GGUUUAGUUCCUCGCCGCAAACAACACUAGUCACAACACAACACAACACAGCAGCAGCGUGGAACAGCGGAAGCCAAUGGACCCAAGUGAACCAGUUCCGAGACAGUGAUAUUCAGAGAGAGAGAGAGACAAAGAGAGAGACAAAGAGACAAAGAGACAAAGAGAGAGCUUUGAGCUAGGAGCAAGUUUGGGCAAAGCGACAAAGUGAACGUUUGACGCGAUUCAUUGCCAGUCGCCUCGCAUUCCGGACAUUCAGUUUAUCGAUCGAAUUGAAAAUGUCGCACACGCCGCUGAUUGCUCUGCUGCUGCUGCUGCUGCUAGCAGCCGCGCAGGCAGCGCCCGCCCAAGAUUCACCAGCUGAUGCAGAAGCAACUGUAACUACUGUUCCUCCAGCCAACGAAGAGGAGGAGUCGUCCUCGCUAUCACCCGUAGAGUCGGGCACAUUUACGAUUGAUUUCGUCACCGACCUCAUACUAACCACCGAUGCGCGGGGAGAGAUAUUCUCGGAGGCCACGGAGAGUCCGUUUGGAACUACGGAGGAGCCCUUGCCCGAGUCGGUUGUCCUGCAAUUGGAGGCAGAGCGAGCCCAGACCGCUCAGCCAGAGACCACCGAAGUUAGUGAGAUAACAACGGAAAGGCCAUGGAUCGCAGAAACCAAGAAAUCCAUAAGUGACACAACUUUAGGGACAACAACCACAGAACCGACCAAGGGCAAGAACUUGAACAGCUUCUUCCAAGGCAAGCCUGGAACCACUGGAACCGCCAAUUUGGUGGAAGAGAAUUUAGUGCUCAAUAGCGAAGAAGAACAAUUUGAAGCUAAAAUGGGAGCCACAAUGUUGCCACUCAUAAUUGAAGACGAAGUCCAGUUGGUGGCGACGCCCAGAAUACUUCCAGCAGUGGAAGAAUCCCGCACUGAGGCUGGCCUCCUUGGGUUGGCCACCACCGAAGCAAUCGCAAACGAGCAAACCACACUGGAAACAUUGCAGGAAGAGAAGGAAACCAGCACAGUGGAAGCGACACAGCAAACAACAGAGAUUAGUUCCACGCCGCUUUCUACAUUCAGCCAAGCCCAGCUGGAGACUACCACUGAGACUAUCGAGACCACAACGAAUGCUCCAAUAACUACCACAAGCGCUGAACCUGUACUCCUUACCACCAAACGGGCAAUAGUUCUAGAAGCUCAGCCAGAGACCACAGCCGCAAAUGUCAUGGAGACCAGCAGCAGCCUGCCGAUCACCACUCUUGCUUCAGAGACAGAGACGGAGACAGAGAUCCCGACAACACACGUUCCGAGAAUGAGCAGCGCAGAAACAACUACGCCAGCUCCAGAAACCACCAUCCCCCCCACGCAAGUGCCGAGCGCCGCUCCCAUCACGACGAGCUCUCCCAUCACCACGAGCUCUCCCAUCACGACGAGCUCUCCCAUCCCGACGAGCUCUCCCAUCACGACGAGCACGCCAGAGAGUACAACAACAUUCGCCACAAGCACAACCGUUAUCCCAGAGACACCAACCACCACCACCAAUGUUGUUGUUUCCUCAACUCCCGCGCCGCGUCCCAUACAGACGCGCGCGCCUCGUGUCGAGCGCAUCUUCAAUUCCGACGGCGUGGAGGUGCUUUACGGUUACUCUUCGGUGGUGCGUACGAAUCGAUCUUGAAGCUCCACAACCAAAAAUGUGGCCUUGUCAAGGCCAGCUUGCCAUAACGGGGAGGAGGAGAAGAAUGAGCGAUUGAUACUCGAUUGCUGUUAGACAUAUUUCAUAUUCUAAACGAGUUAAAUAUUAAAAAAGAUUUAAAUAUCACCCAGCAGACCGCACAGUGUGAUAAGCCAAAAACUAAAUGAAUCGAGAGACAAAUCCGCAUCGUGGAAUGCAAACAAAUAACCGCAGAUAGCAAAUAUUGUGCAAAAUAUUGUGUACGGAAAAAGAGAAAUGCUGAAGAGAUGAACGAUUUUAUAAAUUAUAAAUAAAACAUGAAUGGCUGAAUUCCAUUCGA